AUGCUGAGGAGUCAAAUUGCAAAAUCACUGAAAAACAUUAAACCCUUUCGGAAAACCUCCUCUUCUCUAAAACCCUACUCCCACCGGCCGGAGAUGAGCAUGAAUUCCGUCGAAGAAUCUCAAGUUGGGAUUCUCUGCUACAUUUCUCAACUUCCCGGCUUCCGAGGAAUUCUCAAGCAGAGAUAUUCAGAUUUUAUUGUUAAUGAAGUGGGUUUGGAUGGAAAUGUUGUUCAUUUAACUACGUUGGACUCUCCGUUGGAGAUUGCAGUGGAAAAGAAAGUAGAAGUAGCUGAUUUACAGGAAAAAGAUUAUACUAAUGAGAUAGAAUCGUUCAGAGUUCUUGCUGGUGAUUCUGAUGUUGAGAAAUUGAAAAAACUCAUUGAUCAAGUUGUUUCAGGAGUUAUUAACGAUGAUGAAUCUAUUGUUCUUUCUCCGAGCUCUGACAAAUCUCAUCGAACUGCUGUUCAUAACUUCUUCAAGGAGAGAAUGAAAUUCCUUGUUACUGACACAGUGGAUGGGCCUGAUUCUUCAUCGAAGUGUAUUCGUGUGCGAAUGAAUUCAGGAAGUAACAAUGGCAGGGGAAGGAACUCCAGGAAAAGAAAAAAUCGAGAUGAUAAACCAUAUGAUUCUAGAGGCUCUGAUAGUAGUUGGCCAGAAAACCUUGGCAAGUUUCUUAGGUUUCAUCUUUACAAGGAGAACAAGGAUACACAAGAAGCCCUUGGGCUCCUUGCUAAGAUGCUUGGCACUAAGCCCAGGUCCUUUGGUUUUGCUGGCACAAAGGAUAAACGUGCAGUAACCACUCAGAGGGUUACCGUUUUCAAGCAGCGGGCAAGUAAGUUAGCUGCACUUAAUGAGAAAUUGAUUGGUAUUAAAGUUGGAAACUUCUGCCAUGUUAAUGAAGGACUUGUUCUCGGGCAACUCCAAGGAAAUAGAUUUACAAUUACAUUAAGAAGCAUCAGUGCUGAGAAUGAAGAUAUUAUUAGAGCAGCUGCUACUUCUUUAGGGGAGAACGGAUUUAUCAACUAUUUUGGUUUGCAGCGCUUUGGAAGCAGUUCUAUAGCUACACAUCUCAUUGGAGCCGCAUUACUGCGAGGGGAAUGGAAAGGUGCUGUAAGCAUGGUUUUGGAGCCGCGAGAAGGAGAGAAGGAUGCCACAAGACAGAUAAGAGAAUAUUACAAGGAGAGUGGUGACAUUGAGGGUACUUUAAGGCAGUUGCCACGAUAUCUUGUUGCAGAACGUUCUAUUCUGCAAUGCUUCCAAAAGAGUCCUGGGAAUUACUUACAAGCUUUGUUGGCAAUACCUAGGACAUUGAGAAUGAUGUUUGUGCAUAGUUAUCAGAGCUAUUUAUGGAACCAUGCAGCGAGUAUGAGAGUUCAAAACUAUGGUAUGCACCAGGUUGUAUUGGGUGAUUUAGUAUACUGCAAAGAAGAAGAUAAUGACAAAGAAACAUUAACAUCUCCUUUGGAGUGUGAAGAUGACACUGGCGAUGAUGAUACACACUUUGAUUGCAAUCUUGAGGACAUACCAGUGGCUGAUCUUUCUGAAGAAAAAAAUGCAUCUGUUAAGGUCAUAACUGAGGAGGAUAUUGCUGCUGAAAGUAUUCUAUUGAAGAUAUUGUCCUUCCUUUACAGGAAUGGUAUCAGCUUGACGGAGAGUGCACAUAAUUCAAAUGCCGCCGCCAAGGAUGCCCGGGUCAGCCUCGCCAUCUCAGAGGCGUACGUCGACGACGGCUGCGACGGCGUCGACACCCAGUCGCCCAAGUGUCCGAAGAUCACCAUCUCCGGCAAGCUGAGGAAGCUCCCGGCGAAGUCGCGCGAGGGUGUCCGGCGGGGCAGGCCCUGUUCAAAGCCCACCCGGCUUUGCAGGGUUCCGAAAAUGAACGGGACCUUCAGCGUCUACCGGCUGGACAUCCUCCAUCUCUUUCUCGUCAACCGUUCGCCCGAAGAGGGACCUCACGGUGGACGACUACCUCUACGUCGACUGAGUAUUGCCCAGUGGCGGAGCAAUUAA